CUUGGUCGUCAUCAAGCUCACAAGGCCCAACAAGCUUCAUAUAGAAAGCCAGUAUCUGGCACGAUGCGGCGAGAUUUGGCAGCACUGAUUGCUGCAGUUGGACUGGCAUCAGCUAGUCAAACUGUCUUCAGCAUCCACGAUGACAUCGAUGCAUUCCCACAGUACAGCAUAGUCUUCUCCCCCUCCCCCAUCUCCUCCUCCGAAGCAGCAGAUCUCCUCGAACCUCCCAAGCCAUCAAAUGGCGCCGAACCCUCCGCCAUCCCUCUCGAAUACACCCGCCUCCUCCUACACUCCACACCACACCUCUGCUCGAUCCCGCGCCCUCCGACGGAAGAGCGCAACCUCACCAGCGAAGCCCUCCACAAAGCCUCUCUCGCCCUAGAACUCUCGCGCGCCAACACCCACGGCUGGGAGCUUCUCGCCCCGCUGGGCAAAUCGUGCCUCUACUACACGUCUGGCUGGUGGUCCUACAAGUUCUGCUACAACGACUCUAUCACCCAAUUCCACGCCGCGCCGCCCCAGCCGGGCCGUCCGCAAUUCCCACCUGUUCGAGACCCGAGGACGCCACAAUUCGUCCUCGGACGCGCGAAGAAGGUUCCGGGACAGGAUUCAAAGACGCAUGGGAAGUUCUAUGAUGACGGGUCCAGCGAGAAGACGGGGGGCGGGAGUGAUCUCGAGCUGAGAGGAUCGCAGGAGGAGGAUUCGGAGUACUACGAGGAUGACGAGAUAAAGGGUAUCCUGCAGGAUAAUGGGGAUAAUCGCUACCUGGCCCAGAAAAUGAAGAGUGGCACCCUCUGUGACCUCACCAUGCGCCCUAGAGAGAUCGAGAUCCAGUACCAUUGCCUAGCUACCGGAGUUGAUCGGGUCGCUUGGAUCAAAGAGGUGACGACGUGUUCGUAUCUGAUGGUUGUGCACACGCCUCGCCUCUGCAAGGACGUUGCUUUUCAACCCCAGCCCCAAGCUGAGACGCUGGAGAUAUUGUGUAAGCCCAUCAUCGGCGAGGAGGACGAGGAGGGCACCAUCGGGUCCUCCUCCACUGAUUCCGCGCCUCAAGAGCCUGCCGCCAGCGGUGAAGCAGCGGCAGAGACUAGCAAGAAUGCAGCGGAUAUCCUGAAGAGCCUCGCGAAGGAAAGGGCGAAAGAUAAACCCCUGAUCAUCGGCGGCACAGUAGUAGGCGGCGGAGAGUACUUCCCCGCCUCCGACCCGCCACUUCUCCAACCACCAUCAUUCUGGGCCGCGAAUACGCGCGCCAACACCAAGAAACCCAUCAUGAUCGCCAAGUCCGACACAAAACUAACCCCCAAGGGCGAAAACGCCGCAGCAAAAGCGCCUCCCAGCGCUCCCGACUCCGCGAAGUUAGCAGCUUCUCUCAAUGCGCGCCUCGAAUCCGACGGGGUUGUGACGAUUGAGAUCCUGGCGCAUGGAUUGGGGCAGAACGACGGGUAUCAUAUUAUGAAUGAUGAGGAUCUGAAGAAAUUGGGGAUGUCGGCGAGUGUUGUGGAGGGGUUGGCGGAGACGCUGAGGAGUGCGGCGGGGGAGAAUGAGUGGACGCUUGCGUUGGUGGAGGGGGAGGGGGUGGUGGGGAGGGAGGUUAGGGGGGUGAUUGAUGCGAAGGGGAAGGAGGAGGGGGGGAAGGAGUGGGCGUGGGAGGAUGUGGAGGAGUUGUUGUUUGGGCAGAAGGUGGAGGAUAGGACGGGGGAGAUGGGGGCGAAGGUGGGGAAGGAGGAGAAGAAAACAGGGGCGGAGAAGAAGACAGGGACGGAGAAGAAAGCAGGGACGGAGAAGAAGACAGGGACGGAGAAGAAAACGGGGAAGGAGGGUAAGGCUGAGCGGCAGCAGAAAGGUGGUCAGAAGGAGGAGGAGGGGAGUGAGGAGGUAUACUAUAAAGAUGAGCUGUAGCCCUUCUACUACGCAUAAGGGGACUAAGCCUACGUUUCACAAGGGGAAAUAAGAGUAGCAGUGUAUAAAUAUGAUAUCAUGAAUUCCAAUUCAAGUCUGAAG